AGAUCGUACCGCCUCGAGAUCGUACAACAUCCCCACCGCACAGCAGAGUUUGGCGCGUCUGCUCUCACGCGCCUUCCUCUCGCACCCCCGCUGAUAGCGCAGUUGAUAAUGCGCGACUCGGCGGGACGCACUGUUACCGACGAGAUGGACCUGCCGUUCCUUGUCGCUCAGGUGUCUCUCAUGAGCAGCGACGGUUCCGCGUCAAUGGAUUAUGGUACGAGUCAUGACGGACGGCCUGCCCGCGACAGGUUGCUGUACGGCAACUUGGUGUCCUCUCCCCAUAUUCUACGCAAUCUACAAGGAAGGAGAGGGGUCUACUUCAUGUUUCCCGAUGUUUCCGUCCGCCAGAGGGGUCAUUUCCUGCUGAAAGUCACUCUGAUCCGGUUACCACGGUUCGUCGCCAUAGGCAGCUGCAAUACAUCCAUUGCUGACGUGGUUCAGAUUCGAUGA